CGUCCCUCCGGCUUUUUGGAUUCUAGUGCGCCGCCGCCGCCCCCGCCCCGAACACAGCGGAGGAGACGCUUAAUUAUACGGCGAGGCAUAAGGGAAGGGUGUGGAAAGCGUGCGCGAGGAGACGUCCGCGGCCCCUUUUUUCCAUGCAAAACAGAAGCGUCCCGGCGCUGCCGCAGGCUCACGCGCGUUCUCCGAUUCUGAAAAAAAGAAAAAUAAAUAUCGGGCGCCCACCGUCACCGGCAGUUCCAAAUAACCAUUCGCUCUGUGAUAAUAUACGGUCUGUGUAGUUCCUCAAUAAUUUUUUUUUUUUUUCAAUAAAAAUAAAAAAAUUAACAAUUAAUCAUUUUUUUCGUAAUUUAAUUUUGUUUUCGUCGUCCGAAGAAUUUUGCGUCAACUUGAAAAAAAAAAUAAUAAUGUCGACGGUCAACUGCCCGUGUCGCGUCACAGGGUAAAUAAACAUUUUUAUACCUUCACGGUGGCCGCCGCGUUUUACCGUUUGCCGCCGCAUCAACCGCGUGUGCCGCCGCCGACGCUUCGUCCUGGGACACCGCUCGCCACGCCAGAGUUGCUGUGCUGCUGUUAAACAUUGUGGUGUACGCGGGGUAUGUCAAGGCAGUGGUGCGAAUACAUUGGUGAUGAUUGAUAAUCAGAAAUGCCGUCACCGAUACCAGUACAAUCGUCGUCGCUUACAGGAGGAGGUCUAGUGGGCUGUGCCGCCGGAUGGACAUCGGCGGACACCGCACCGGAGAUCAGUACAGCAAAUAGCAUCACUAGCAGCGACAACGCCGCAGAAGUUGUGACCAGCAUGAGUCCGGAAGAGGAACAGUCUGGUUCACCAGUGACCGGAGUUAUUGCCGGCCGUGAUGAAGAGGAACGCCGGUUGACGUCGCCGCCGUCGGGCAGCAAGUUCGACUCGGUGGCAAGUAAACCGGACUUAACCGAGUCCGAGUCUUGGGCUAACAGCAGUGACGUAGAAAAGUUCGAUGGCAAGAUCGUGUACAAUCCCGACGGAUCGGCGUACAUUAUCGAAGACAACAGCGAACUGAGCGAAGAGGAUGGCGUUGACUUGCCAUCAGAACUGUUGGGUUCCGGCAGCAUUGUCGACGGACGAGGAGUAAACCUGUCCCAAGCCGAAGUAUUUCCACAGAUAGCCAACGCGUUCUAUGUGUCCAGAGCCAACUACGGCGACCUGUACGAUCAACAAACAAACGCGCCGGCCGCAGCGGCCCUCAACAGGGUGUUUCAAGACAAGAAAAUAGUUCCUGAAGUGCCGGUGAUGCACAGCUACAGGGUGUACACGGUCCGAGACAAGACGGGCAAUGGGACGGACAUGGCCCCGGAACAGUCCAAAGACUGUUCGACGGUGCCUGUUAAACCGAUACUCAUGUGUUUCAUAUGCAAAUUGUCAUUUGGCUACGCCAAGUCGUUCGUGGCUCACGCCACCGGCGAACACGGCGUUACGCUACAAGAAGACGAAUACAACAUACUCGGACACAAAAACGCGUCAGCUAUAAUACAGUGUGUGGGUAAGGAGAAAGAGCCGCUGGUUUCUUUCCUCGAACCGCUCGCGCUUUCGUCAAACAAAGCUUACGCUCGGGCCUCGUCCCCGUCAAGUGCUCACAAAGUUCCUAAUGCGUUUAAUAACGACGGUAAUCGUUCCUCCGACAGUAGCGAGCAAAAGAGCAGCUGUCCGGAAAGCCUGGUGGUGCACAGGCGCAACGCUACUCCGCCCACCUCUUCUCCGAGCAUCAAUACAGUUCCUGAGACUUCCGUCUCCCUACCUCAAUCCGGUAGUCCUAGAAAUAAUGUUAACUCGUUUAGUAUAAGUAAAAACAAUAACUGUAGUAGUAAAGCCAGCGGCCGAUCGUCCGUGUACGACUGUAUUAUGGACUUGACCAGGAAGAGUCCAAUAUCCGCGUUGGCCGUGUCGUCAGGGACGUCGGCCAGAAGCAACAGCGCCUCGCCCGGCGCCAGCCCGUCUCCGGGCACUACGCUCAGCCCUCAACUCAUAUCCGGCGCACCGUUGUCGUACCCGCAACCGCCGCCCAACUUCAUGACUGGCACCACUAUCGGCGUGUGCCCGGACCACAUGAACGGCAGACCCAGCGGCGUGGACUGCGCCCGAUGCGAGCUCAUAUUGAGCUCCUCGAGACUAGGCGGCGUAGGCGGCUCGCUGGUUGGCAUGCACUCGAGAAACUCGUGCAAAACACUCAAGUGUCCCAAGUGCAAUUGGCAUUACAAGUAUCAAGAAACUCUGGAAAUACACAUGAAGGAAAAGCACCCCGAGUCCGAAACGUCGUGCGUGUACUGUAUAGCCGGACAACCGCACCCGCGGUUAGCCCGAGGCGAGACGUACACGUGCGGCUACAAACCGUACCGGUGCGAGGUGUGCAAUUACUCGACUACGACCAAGGGAAACCUGAGCAUACACAUGCAGUCCGACAAACACUUGAAUAACAUGCAAGAGCUGCAAAACGGCGGAGUGGCGGCGGCUGGGAACGCCAGCAGUGAACUGCAGAGGCACCAAGCGUCGUCCCCUUUGCAGCAUCCAAAACAGUCUUCGGCCAUGAGCCCGGGCUCGACCAGCAGUCAGCACCCGGCCAUGAACAGCCCAUUGAUCAGUCAGAAACCCAAGCCCACGUUCAGAUGCGAAGUGUGCAAUUACGAGACGAACGUCGCCCGCAACCUGCGUAUUCACAUGACGAGUGAAAAACACACGCACAACAUUAUGGUGCUGCAGCAGAGCGUCAAACACAUGCAAACGUUGAACGCCUUGCAAAAUCACCAUCAACAGCAAAUGAACUUUGAGUCGCUCAUGCAUUUCCAUCCCGGACUCACGUUGUCCGGCGACAAACCACCGCCGCAUUCCGAAGCCGCUUUGGCCGACAUGGCCUACAACCAGGCGCUUUUAAUACAGAUGAUGACCGGUGGUCAAAUGCCACCCCACUUUUCCGGCGAAGUCUCUCCUCACGUCGACACCGACAUCGGCCUCAAUCCGGAAACUAUGGAACCACCGCCUGAACCCGUCGACAAAAAUCCCAAUUUCAUGUUCCAGUGCAGUACGUGUAGCACAUUCGUAACCGACUCGCUCGACUCGCUGUCUCAUCACUUGGCCGCCGACCGGACCAAAGUGCGCGAACAAGAAAUACUUACCGUCGUCGCGGGCAAUUACAUAUGCAAUUUGUGCACCUACAAAACCAACCUGAAAGCCAACUUUCAGUUGCACUGCAAAACCGACAAACAUUUACAAAGACUGCAGCACGUGAACCACGUCAAAGAGGGAGGGCUCCAAAACGAAUGGAAACUCAAGUACAUGUCGUCACCCGGUGGCGUACAAGUCAGAUGCAACGCGUGCGACUACUACACGAACAGUACACACAAACUCCAGCUGCACUGUUCGGGACAACGACACGAAGCCGCUUCGUUACUGUUCAGAUAUUUGAGGGACAACGAAGUCGGCGAAUCGUCCGUCUAUCAUUGUUUACUGUGCGAAUUCUCCAGCCGAGACAAAUUACCGUUGCUCCAACACGUCAGGUCCGUCAAGCACAUGCAAAUGGAACAACUGCACCAAUUGCAAAGGCGCUCAGACGGCAAGGACGUACAAACAGACAUUACAAUGGUUUUCCAAGUGACUGCUGCUCCACAACAGUCUGCUUCAGUUGAUAGCGACCAAGAACAAGAUCGCGAAAUUAAAGGAGACAACGAUAGCCAUAAUAUGUUGUCCAUUGAUGAGACAAGAGGCGAUGAUUCUGAGUUGAUGGAUCAAUCUUAUGUAGCCAGCGAAUCGCCUAAAAUUAGCGGAAAUCAAGAGCAACAGACUUCUUCGUCCGAUGAAAAGAAACCGGAACUUUAUUGUCCACUUUGUCAGGAUGUGUUUGAAGACAUAAUCAAUUUUGAAAAACAUUUAAUGAAAAUUCACAGCGUAAAUUCUGAAGGACUGCAGCGCCUGUUGAGUCUAGUAAAUCAGUCUCAUUGGUUGAACUCGUCCAAAUCAUCACAACAGAGUCCACCGCGUGCGUCGACCAGUCCAUCGUCACCAGAUCUAGAUAAAUCAGCUGAAAAAUCCGACGAUGCUCAAGAACAAGACGGCGAAGAGUAUAAAUGUCCUACGUGUCAAAAAUUAUGCAAAAAUAUCGAUGACUUGUGCCAACACCAGAACGAAACCGGCCAUGUUGAAAUUAAACAAACUCCUAAUGGUCCGGGAUACCUAUGCUGGAAGAAAGGGUGCAAUAUGUACUUUACUACCGUACAAAAUUUACAUAUUCAUUUCCGCGAAAUGCAUGCUGGACAGCAAAACAUAUUGGUUUCUGAAAAACACGUAUACAAGUAUAGAUGUAAUCAAUGCAGUCUGGCGUUUAAGACGUUGGAUAAAUUACAAGCUCACUCACAGUACCACGCCAUCAGGGACUUGACCAAAUGUAUUCUGUGUAGACGUAGUUUCCGUACUGUUGCUACGUUCCAGAAGCACUUACAAACCGCUCAUCCAGACUUAUCUCAAGCUGAUCUGGAAGCUUUAAAACAAAAUUCUAUGUUACAGUUUGAUCAGUCUAUUGAUGACAAAAUGGAAGUAGACGAGUCUAUGGACGACGAAGAAGAAAAGGAAGAAGAACCAGAGUGCGAUAACAGUGACGACUCAAUUGCUUUUAAACAACAGCAACUUAUUGAAGAUUACAUGAACGGACAAACGCUUGCUGAAGACGGUUACAAUGAUUCUGAACGAAAGUACAAAUGUCAUCGUUGUAAAGUAGCGUUUACUAAUCAAAAAUACCUUACCCAUCACAAUAAAACAUUACUUCACCGAAAAGGCGAGAAACAAACAUAUCCUAUGGAAAAAUAUUUGGAUCCUAAUCGUCCAUUUAAGUGCGAAGUAUGCAAAGAGUCGUUCACUCAAAAGAAUAUCUUAUUAGUACACUAUAACUCCGUUCUUCAUUUACACAAAUUAAAACGUUCUAUGCAAGAGCAACAACAACAACUAAAUAAUAAUAACACACCUAUCUUAUCUAACAACUCAGCAUUCCCAGUCAACUUAGCUUCAAAAAAUACAGGUGGUGGUUCUACAUCUGAAGAUGACGACAAAAAACCAUACAAGUGUAACAUAUGCAAAGUAGCAUACACACAAGGGUCAACAUUAGACAUUCAUAUGCGAUCUGUUUUACAUCAAACAAGAGCAUCAAAAUUGCAUGAUCUCGCUCUAGCCGGCCAAGUAGACUUGACUAAACCCAUAAUCGAACAACCUGAACAGAGCAGUAGACCACCAUCACAAAAUAAACAAGACGCGGAAAGCCAAGUUUCGGGUGGCAAACCAAUGGACGAGACACUAACGCAGCAAACUCAUCAGACUAAAGGCAAUCAGCUAAGCUGCCAACGUUGUAACGCGUUGUUUUCUAAUCAAGAACAAUUGAAUACUCAUCAACAAUUGUAUUGUAUGUUUGGUACUCCUAUGAACAUUUUGCCAAUGAAUCCAGCCUUGGCGUUUGCCAAUAAUCUUACAGGGGGCGCUCAAGAUCCAAAAUCACCGUCACAGUUAACGUUGACUGAAGAGCAACUGUUAAAAGUACCGUUGUCAUUACAGGGCAAGAAACAUUCUCAUAUGUACAAAUUGUUAGAAAGCUACGGUUUUGACUUAGUAAUGCAAUUUAAUGAAAAUCACCAAAAACGUAAAGAAAAUGAAAAAUUAUUACAAGAAUUAACAGCUCAAAUGGAAAUGGAACAAGCCAAUGCUGUCAAAGUGGAAAUGAAUAAUGAAGUCAAUGAAGAAGAGAUCAGUGAUUUACCUGAAGUAGCCAAAUCCAUAUGCGUGCAUUGUAAUAAAGAGUUCUCCAGUGUUUGGGUUUUAAAAGCCCAUUGUGAAGAAGUUCACAAAGAUCUUGUACCGUUUGAUUUUCUUGAAAAAUACGCUAAACAGAUCAAGUGUGAAAUUGAAAAGAAAGGCAACGAACCCCCUUCAGCUAAUAUCAGCCUCCAACCCACAUCUACAUCAGUUUCCACUGCAACUACACCAGUGGCUAGAAUCAAUUCUCCUGCUGAUGACGUUUCAGUUAAAACUGAAUUAGACCAGGACUCCGAACAGCAAACUGACAAUUCAGAUUUCAACGCAUCUUCUUCAGCUGCCGAUUCUUCUAGUGUUAAUAUUCCUGGUGUUUCUCAAAAUAUACCUCUUUCAGUAGCCCAACACUUAAAUGAAAUGCAAGCCGCAUUUAAUGCUAUGGCAGCCUCUCAAAUAACACAACAACUACAACAGUUUAACCCUAUGAUGGUAGCUCAAAUGGCUGGUUUGGGAAUGGGGCUUCCGCUCGGUUUAAAUAUGCAAGCACUUGCUGCUAUGAAUUUGCAACCUCCCUUAGUUCCAAUGAUGAUGCCACCACCCAACUUUGAGUCAAUAAUGGGCCAGCAGCAAAGUCAGUUGUUCAAUCAGCAAACAACUAACAUGGAUCCUACUGGAAUACUAGCUAAACAACAACAAUUAUUACAGCAGCAGCAACAACAAGUGCAGCAAAAUUCACAACAAAAGAGAGCAAGGACACGCAUCACUGACGAUCAAUUGAAAAUAUUACGUGCUCACUUUGAUAUAAACAAUUCACCAUCAGAAGACCAAAUUCAAGAAAUGGCUAGUCAGAGUGGUCUCCCACCUAAAGUGAUUAAGCAUUGGUUCAGAAAUACGUUGUUUAAAGAAAGACAGCGAAACAAGGACUCGCCAUACAAUUUUAAUAAUCCUCCAUCCACUACUCUGAACCUAGAAGAAUAUGAAAAAACAGGAGAAGCGAAAGUAAUGCCUCUUGCUCAGCCAUUAGUUGAAUCUGAAAACAAAGAAGUGCCUAAAACACCGACAUUCCCUAAAAAGAAACCUAUGCAAACUAGUACGCCAAACAACAGUGCUGUUAGGCCACAGUGUCAAACACCCACUUUUCCACAACAGCAAUCUUUUGCUCAAAACUUUUCCAGACCAUUCACUUCACAGCCAAUGGAAUCACCUGUUAAAAUAGAAAACCAAGUUAAGACCGAAAUGAAAGAUGCAGAAACUAGCCAAAACGAAUCUAAGUUUCCGUGGUGUAAUGCAGAAGAGUCUUCAAAUAAACGCCGAGAUUCAGUUGAAGAAAAAGUAAAUAUGUUUAUGCAUCACGACAGAGCAUCUCAAAUGGACAUGAAUACCGUUGAAAACCUGACAUUGUCUUCUAUUCUUACGUCUCAACAUCAAGAGAUAGCUAACAUGAGCAAUUCAAUUGCUACUAGUAACAUGUUGCCACCAAAAUUAGUCUCGUCUAGUUUUACAUCACCACCACAAAUGACUUCUACCACACAGUCGGGUCCUAGAAGUGUUAGCCCCGGUCGUUCACCUAACUCUUCUGAUGGCUUUCCACAUUCUAUUAUGAUGAAUCAAAGCAGUGGUGGAUCAAGUGGCUCUGCUUCUGGUAAACGCGCAAAUCGUACACGUUUUACUGAUUGCCAAAUUAAAGUUCUCCAAGAGUUCUUUGAAAAUAAUGCGUAUCCAAAAGAUGAUGACUUAGAAUAUUUGUCAAAACUAUUGAAUCUUAGUCCUAGAGUGAUAGUUGUUUGGUUUCAAAACGCCAGACAAAAAGCAAGAAAAGUGUACGAAAAUCAACCAGCAGUUGAACCAGCACCUGGUAUUGUCGAGGAAGGUUCAAAUAGAUUCCAGAGAACUCCCGGCUUAAAUUAUCAGUGUAACAAAUGCUUGUUAGUAUUCCAAAGAUAUUACGAAUUAAUCAGACAUCAAAAAACUCAUUGUUUCAAAGAAGAAGACGCUAAGAGAUCCGCUCAAGCUCAAGCUGCUGCUGCUCAUAUUGCAGCUGCACUUAGUUCUGAAGACUCUAAUUCAAGUACCGUAGAAAAUCAUCAGAGUCAAAGCUCCAACCCCAUGACACCGACUCCUACGCCCAUGUCGUCUACGCCAACUUUGAAUUAUCCUACUUCGCCUCCGCCGUCGUCACAUGACAAAGAAAAUGUCUACAGUUGUGAUCAUUGUAAUUCGGUGUUUUCCAAAUUAGACCAGUGGAAAGAACACCAACAAGUUCAUUUAUUGAAUCCAAAUUUGUUUCCCACUUAUCAUCCCGAAAGCGCAUUUGGUAUUUUACAACAACAAGCACAAUUGCAACAACAACAACAACAGUUGCAACAACAGUCUCAACAAAUGAGUGGCUCAUCUGAAAUGAGCCCAAAUCCUACCUCGUUGAUUUUGUCUAUGAUGCAACAAAAUAAUAAGAGAUCGUUUGAUGAAUUUGAUGAUCAAAGUGAUAAGGAAACUGAAUUCACCAAAGAUAAGCGUUUGAGAACUACUAUUUUACCUGAACAAUUGGAUUAUUUAUAUCAAAAAUAUCAAAUUGAAAGCAACCCGUCUAGAAAAAUGUUGGAGAGCAUUGCUCAAGAAGUAGGCCUAAAAAAGCGUGUUGUUCAGGUUUGGUUUCAAAAUACUAGGGCUAGAGAAAGAAAAGGGCAGUUUAGAGCACACUCGCAAGCCAUUAACAAACGAUGUCCAUUCUGUUCGGCUAUUUUCAAAAUAAAAUCUGCUCUUGAAUCACAUUUACAAACUAAACACCCUGAACAAUGUUCUCGUGGUUACAUUAACGUAGACAAUAUACCCGAUGAAGAUGUUAGUAUGGAUUCUUUUGCGUCAUCUCAAAUGAGUGAAUUAGGCCAAAAGGGCCAAUCAUUUGUGUCCAAUCCGUACCUUCAGAACGCAGAAGAUGUAGAGAAUUUGGGUAAAAUGUAUCAAGAGUCGCUAAAAAGAUACAUGGAAGAAAUGCAACAAUCUAGUUUGCACAAUGGUUUAUCUGCUGAAGGUGAAAAAACAAAACCGGAAGGAGAAAUUCCAUUAGACUUGAGUAAACCAGUUGAUUUACGAAUGGACCAUGACCAAGAUGAUGAUGACGACAGUAUGUCUGAGUGCACUGAUAUUAUGGAUGACGAAAGUCCCGCUUCUCCAGCAUCUAGCACUCAGAGUGGCCAACAAAGAAAUAAUGCACCAGGAGGCAGUCACCAAAGCAAACGGUACAGAACUCAAAUGAGCAAUGUGCAAGUUAGAGUUAUGAAGGCGUUAUUUGAAGAUUACAAAACUCCUACCAUGGGUGAAUGCGAGAUGUUAGGUCGAGAAAUUGGUCUUGCUAAACGCGUUGUACAAGUAUGGUUCCAAAACGCUAGAGCUAAAGAAAAGAAGUACAAAUUACAAUCAAAACAAGGCCAGGACACUGUUUCUGGUCUACCAGAAGAAUGCAAAUAUUGUCGUUUCAAAUAUUCACAUAAAUACAGUAUUCAAGAUCACAUAUUUACUAGUCGGCAUAUCGCUUUAGUUAAACAACAUGUAGAAAGCCGUAUGUCAGUUGCCGAUAUGUCUGGAAACUGUAGCGAUAAUGAUUUCCAAGUACCAUCCACUCCUGGUGAUCCACACAAUAACAAUUUACCAAAUCAACAAGUUAACCAACUGCAAAUGUUGCAAUUGGCUGGACUCAUUGGACAAUCUCCUGUAGCACAAGCAGUUGCCAUGGCUACUAUUGCCAAAUUGGACGGCAAGGAUCAAUCUCAAAUGACAGCAGAAGAGUUGGCACUUUUGCCUCAUUUGUACAACUUAGGAGUGAGCUUUCAACAGGGAUUCAUGCACCCGGGUACUGCCAUGAUGACUUCUCCAGCGGCCAGUGCGUCCAACGGCACCAACGGAUUGCGUCUGGAUCAACAGCACAGGGCUUCCAGCGCCAACGCGACCACGAUGAAUACGGUCGGUACCAACGCUGUCGGCCAACAACUCGACGAACAUUACUUGCAGCAGCAGCAGCAGCAGCAAAACAACACCUCGGCCGGUACGCCGGUGCGCAUGUUGCAGUUGGACCAGUCGGUCAUACAGGCCAUCGUGGACCGUUGCCGAAAUGUGCGUCCGGACCAGACGGCCGUCGUGGACGUGGCGACCACCGCGACCGACGUUCCCGCCGACGGAUACGUCGUCGACGGGGGUCGCACCGUGGGACGAGUGUGCGCCAAAUGUUUACUGGCGUUCCCGGACGAUGCCGGCUUGACAGCUCAUCAACAGCAGUGUCGCACGACUAGCACAAUAGCUCUGAUACACCCGGCCUACGGGUGCCGACCGUGCGGCGGCGGUUCGGGAGACACCAACUCGGCCGUCACGUUUGGCACCGUGCACGCGCUCAGGGCGCACAUCGAAGCCGCCCACUAUUCGCUGGUCCAACAGCCGAAUUUGUCGGACGAGAUGGAGGACGUGGUCAACCAAAUCACAGCCCUGGCCGCGGCCAAGGCGGUGGGACGUAGUCCAUCUCCGCGAGACCCCAAUAGCGACUCCAACGCCAAUUUGUUCUGCGCCCCCGGCGCCGAUAAGAAAUCCAAAGCUGCCAACAAGAUCAAGUUCACAGUGCCCAACGUGACGCCUGUGCCCAGCAGCGGACAAUAAAGCGUAACACUAAUCGAUGGCGAACACUCCAGCGACAACAUCCUCCUCUCGUGUGUUGCUGGACACAAUCUACUGAUCAUGUCGACUUCUAUAUUUGUGUACACUAUUGUAUUUGUUUUCGAACGACUUUUGUACGUUGACCCAAAGUUCCUUUUACACAACACACUUAUGUUCCUGGGGAGAGGCUUUUUUUUUUUUUUUCUACGUUUAAUAAGAUGAAAUCGUUUCGCUCGCAGUUUUCAUUGGUUCCUCGAGGAUCACACAAACACGAAAACUAUGUAUUUUUGUAGCCUCUCCUAUUUUUACG